CCCCUCUCGCCGAGCAGAGGAAAGCCCUGGCGCCCGGGGCUCUCUCGGCGGAAUUAAUAAGCACCCCCCCCAAGGGAAGGGGGUCCCCGCCGGCACGCCUGCGCGCCCUGCACAUGCCCGCGCCCCACCCCGCGCGUGGCGGCCUCAGCGAGUUCCCUCCCCGGCUCGGCGCUCGCGGGGCGCAGGACAUCCCCGAAGGCGGGGGGAGGCGGCGCGGCGCCGGGGCGCAGAGGGCGGGGAGCCCGCGGGCGGAGGAGGCGGGGGCGGAGGCGGGAGGGCUGGCGCGCCGGGAGCUGGUGGGAGGCUGAAAAGUAGCAGAAAGUGCGGCUGGCAGCCGGUGGCCGCGAGCCCUGCGAGCGACGGCGGCAGGAAGUCUGAGCCCGAGCCGAGCCUAGAGCGGGGACGGGAGAGUGAAAGAGGAAACUGCAGAGGAGGAAGCGCUGCGGCAGCGGCGGCGCCGCGUCCCCGGCUCCCCCCGGCCGAGCAUCCCGGCCCCGUGCGCUCUGCCCGCGCCCCGUGCGCCCUGCCCGCGCCCGCGCCGGCCAUGGCCCGGGAGAACGGCGAGAGCAGCGCCUCCUGGAAGAAGCAAGCCGAGGACAUCAAAAAGAUCUUCGAGUUCAAGGAGACCCUCGGAACUCCAUGGCUGCAGCACGGUCUGGAGGAGUCCUGUCAACACCACCCAGCCCUGUGGCAUAGAGCACCCACAUGGAGCCAUCUCAAGCUCCCAGUGGCUCAAAGGCCUGCUGCAGAAUCCUGGCCCCAGGUGCUUUGAGCAGAUGCGAGCUGACUCCAGCCAACCUGCCAAGGAAACAUGGGGCGUUUUCAGAAGUGGUUUUAGCCGAAGAGAAGGCAACUGGAAAAGUCUUUGCAGUCAAGUGCAUCCCCAAGAAGGCGCUGAAGGGCAAGGAGAGCAGCAUCGAGAAUGAGAUUGCCGUCCUGAGGAAGAUUAAGCACGAGAACAUCGUGGCCUUGGAAGACAUCUACGAGAGCCCCAACCACCUGUACCUGGUCAUGCAGCUUGUCUCUGGUGGGGAGCUGUUUGAUCGGAUAGUGGAGAAGGGGUUCUACACAGAGAAGGAUGCCAGCACCCUCAUCCGCCAGGUCCUUGACGCCGUCUACUACCUGCACAGGAUGGGCAUCGUCCACAGGGAUCUCAAGCCGGAGAAUCUGUUGUACUACAGCCCUGAUGAGGAGUCCAAGAUAAUGAUCAGUGACUUUGGCUUGUCGAAAAUGGAGGGCAAGGGAGACGUGAUGUCCACAGCCUGUGGGACUCCGGGCUACGUGGCUCCUGAGGUCCUCGCCCAGAAACCGUACAGCAAAGCCGUGGACUGCUGGUCCAUUGGAGUCAUCGCCUACAUCCUGCUCUGUGGCUACCCUCCCUUUUACGAUGAAAAUGACUCCAAACUCUUUGAGCAGAUUCUCAAGGCGGAAUAUGAGUUUGACUCCCCAUACUGGGAUGACAUCUCCGACUCGGCCAAAGACUUCAUUCGGAACCUGAUGGAGAAAGACCCCAAUAAAAGAUACACUUGCGAGCAGGCAGCCCGGCACCCAUGGAUUGCAGGGGACACAGCCCUCAACAAAAACAUCCAUGAAUCUGUCAGCGCCCAGAUCCGGAAGAACUUUGCGAAAAGCAAAUGGAGACAAGCAUUCAAUGCCACGGCGGUCGUGAGACACAUGAGGAAAUUGCACCUUGGCAGUAGCCUGGACAGUUCAAAUGCAAGUGUUUCCAGCAGCCUCAGUUUGACCAGCCAAAAAGAUUGUCUGGCCCCCUCCACGCUCUAUAGCUUCAUGUCCUCAUCCCCAGGAGUCUCCAGCAUGGGAGCUGAGCGGAGACCUAGGCCCUCCACUGUGACGGCGGUGCACUCGGGAAGCAAGUGACUGUGUCCCCAGGCGGGGCCCAGGGGUGGGGCGCUCCGGAGAAGCCACCUUGCAUGGUGUGCCUUCCCGCAUUGGACCUGGCGGGAGACAGCAGGGUUUUUUAUGGCCAUAUUUUCUACUGCGACUCCGAAGCAUUCACUUCUCACAAACUCUACAGACUGCAGGGAGCUGGCUUCCCGGGGUGGUGCUGUGUGCUGUGUGGGGACUUAGCCAAGCUGGGGCCGCUCCCUCCUCUCCCCGGGUCUCCAGGCCGCCAUCUCUGCUGAUCUUUCUUUCAUGACAAAAACAAUUUGCAAAAAGGUUUCAACUGGAUUAUUUAAGCAUUGGUAAAUAUUGUGCGUUAGGGUUAUAAUUUUUUUUUUCCUUUCAUGAAGUACAUCCUCUCUGUCUGCUUCUGAGCUACAGGGUCUCCAGCUUCUGUUCCCAGGUACUCGUCUUCUGUUGACUUUUAGCAGAUUCUUCUUCCUUUCCUCCAAGGGGACUUCAUGGUUAUUUUCUCAGCAUUCUCAUCCACCAGAGGAGCAAGGCUCUGUGUUCCCCUCAAAGCCUGCACCUUGCUUCCACUUUACCUGCCCCUUUCCCAGAAGCUGUUCUGCAUAGGUUCCUCUGAAGAGACCCUGCAGUCUCCAAAAGGCUCUCCAGCCCAACUGGGGACCCCAGCAGCUCUCAUUCACUUCCCAAGGUGGAAGGUGACAUCUCAGGGGUGGAACUUGCAUGGGGGAUGGGGUGAAGAGUCCCCUUAGCCCUGGGGUCCCCUGCUGUCAUUUUCUUUGGGGUGGGGGAGCCCACACUCUCAGCUAUGCAGUUCCACAGUGGAUUCCUGUCUGUUCUCUAACAGUGUUUAUAAUCUUCCACUUCUGUUAACUCCAACUCUCCCAAUGGUUUCUGCAGACUUGGAACUUGGAACCUGAUCUUAGAGGAGAGUUGGAGGUAGGGAAGGGAGAAAGGGGGUGGGGGAGGAUGUAUGUCCUGGAGAGAGCACAUGGACCUAGGGCAGUCAACAGAGGCAUGCUCCGAGCUACAGGGUGGCUGAGCCAGUGCCCCGGCUCAGCCCUGGGCACAGGAAUUCUGAAAUUCAAAGACCUCUGGUGGUGCCACCAAAGGGCUUCCCAGGAUGCAGGAUUUCCAGUACUAAAAACCAGCCAUGUUCUGGUCAGCUGCCCCCAGCACUCAGCCACUGGGCAGAUAGGUGUGCAGGAGGAAAUGAGUGCAGGGGGCAUCUCUGAGCACCCAGCUUUUCAAGGUGAGGAGGCAGGCAGGGGACUCCAGGCACCAGCUUUGCAGAACCCCGCUCAGUCUAAGCUCUGCACCCCCAGCUUUCCUGGUGUUGCCUCCUGCGCUUCUCUGACACCCAGCUGGAUUAGCAAAUUCUGUCUUUGUUACUUCAACACAUCUUGUCCUGGCCAAAUGCUUAGUGAUGCCCCCUUCCCUCCACCCCCUCAGCAAACACACACACAUACGGUGUUGCUGAGUAAACAGACAACUGGUCUACCCUGUUCCUACUUGCUUCCUAAGCCCUCUGCUUAUUAGUGGGAAACCCCCCCCCCCCGACACACAUACAUGCAUCCACAGUGAAAACCAGGCUGCCCCUCUCCAAAAUCUAUAAAAGGUCUGGAAAAGCCGAGAUAGUGACAGCAAAGCCUACUAAGGAGCAAGUGUCUCCGGCACUAGACAAGCAUCAGGCCAUCCACCUGGGGACAGUGGGACAGUGGCCAGACCUUACUAAGGAAAAACUGAGAUUAAAGCAGAGUCAUCUGCCCAGGGCAUAUCAAGGAGGCUGCUUACACACUAACAUCCUGGAACUCUGGAGUCAGUGCAGUGUGAGAAAGCAAGGAGAUGCCGAGGGGGUGAGGCCUGGCCUGCACCCGGUGUCUUUCUGGUGGCUCUGAGUGGGGUGCUCCAGGUCUGCAGUCAGAAAGCAGUGAUUGAGUGGGUCCUGCAGUCAGUGAUUCAGUUACUUUCUGGUCUGUGGCCUGUCCCGCAUGAGGUAUUGAGGACAUAGUGGUGGAGUAGGGGACUCUGUUGACAUUGGACACAUCCAUACUGAGUGGAUGCCACCAGGCUUAGGUCACUUCCUGCUAUCCCUCCCCCUGUGGAGGAACUUGGAACUCAUGCUCUUCUGGGGGUGCUUGAGUAGUACAAGGAUGGUGGUUCUCACUGUGUGGCAACAUGUGUGCAUUAUGGAAACAUGGGAAGAGAGCCCUGGACAUACCUCUGGUUAAGACAUGUGAUGGGUGCCAGCAGCCUAGGUCUCAGUCCUGUCACCUCCCACCAGUAGCAGCUGAUCACCCCAUCAGUUUCCUGGCUCACAUUCACCCUUGAGCCCUAUGUGUGCACUGUACCAAAGGGAGCACUGGGAUCCCCAGGUUUCUUAUCUGUUCCCUCUCCCUGCUCAGAGCUAGUGGGUUUUUCUUGCUCACAUGAACAUCCCAUUUUGGGUCUGUUCUAGAAAGGUCAAUUCCUCUGUUUCUUGCCGGCUUCUCUGCUUUCUGUCUCAUAAAUACAGCUACAAAUAAGGGGCAGUGAGUCUGAGACUGUGCACCCACCCCCACAUGCAGCACCCCCCCCCAAGAUAGCAGCUUAGCCAGGGGUCCUGCGGAGCCUAGAUCAUCAGGAUAGGGUGGGGGCGCAGGCAGCAAGAGUAGAGGGAGAAAGUGGGGGGGGGGGAGAGAGGGAGGGAGGGAGAGAGACCAUGCACAAGUCAGGGCUGCUGUUAUUCCAGACUCUGCUCUUAGGCGGUUUCCUGCAUCCACAGGGAAUGAGGGAGGGAGAAUGAUGUCCCCUUUAAUGCUUCCUUUGUAAAGGGAAAAGCUCUACAGAAGUGUAGAGAGUGUGAGGGAGGACAGAUGGAAAGAAAGACAAAUGGAAGGAAGGAAAGGAGACAUGACUUAGCAUUGACCUUGGCAGUGAUCCUCCAAACCAGUGCAUAGAACCCUCUCCUAUUCCUGAGAGAGAGCAGGGCUGCCUUCUUGUCACAGGCAUUUGUGGUUUCCAGAAGGGUCCUCACUCUCCAGGUGGCACCCUGCCAGACCUCUGGACCUCUGGGCACACAGGCAAAGCUGACACUUAACACCCAUGAGUCAACUGAUAGGAGGGAUCCAACAGAGCCCCCCCCCCAGACUCAGUUUACCUCUCAAGCACUGUCUCACCCCACUCACUUGUCUGCCUUAGUGUCUGAUGUAUCCAGGGUGGUCAGUGGACAGUGAGUGGGAGACUCUGCUUUAGAACAGAAGCCCUUUGAUGCUUAUGAGCCACUUUGCAAGAGAGAGAGAGAGAGAAAAAAGACUGUCACAGAGAGAGAGAGAGAUGUGAAGGUGCUGACCUUUCCAGAGCAGAUAUCUGAUGGAUUCUUUUCCCGGGGUCAUGGGGUCAGUCCUGGCAGGUGAAAUGCACCCCACCCCUCCCAACCUCGCUGCUCCGCGCAGUCUCUCAGGCUCCGCAGAGUUUGCCUUGUCCUUAAACACACAUUCCAGACCAAACACUGUUUAGUUUGAUUCCAAAACCAAUGUAUAUACUUGUAUAUAACCCACCAUGCUCUGGGGACGCCAAGGCUGGGGCUAUGGGUGUGCUUUCUCCUUUCCUUUUCCUUUCUUUUCACAGAAAAUUUUCCAGUGCUUUGCUUUUUGAGGGCUGAUAUGACUGGGAUUCAGCAAAGCUGAAUGGUGCAGGCAGGUUCCUGAUGGGGGCUGGGAGUUGGGGAAACAGGCUUCCUUUGCAGAAGUGGCCCUGGGAAGGAGCAGGGAACCCUACUUGGGGCCAGCAGGCAGGAGUGGGUCCCGGGCAGCUUGCCACUGUGGGCCCUGGUGUUGUGAAAACCAUGGGACAUGGGCACAGGAAUCUGGUCCCACUGUGAAUGGCGCUGCAUGCCCACCAAGCCUGGUCACCUCCUGCUCAGGCCCUCCCCAACCCAGGCAGCCAGCUCACAGCAUGUUGCUGCCAUGUUGCUUCUGGAGGCCCCCACCAGCUGUGGAAUGACUGCUUCAUGUCUCUCAUCUGGCCACCGACAUCCAAGGGACCAGCCGUGGCAGCUCCGUCUGCAUGGACACCACCGCUGCACCCACUGCCUGUGUGUGUAGCCUGCCGUCUCCAGGGAGCCUCUCCUAGGCCAGACCUCCACUUCCUUCCUGACUGGUUUUGCUUGGAGGUGAUAGUUGGAGGGUUUCUUAGGGACAAGACAGAAGACACGGAGGGGUGUGUUUGAAACGAGCCCUCCCCAGAGACUCCAAAGCCCCAAACCCUUGUGAAGUUGCUGGUCAAAGGAAAACUUACACCUGAAUGGCGGAGUAGCCCUGGACUUGCAGGGUGGGGAUGGGGUGGUUGGCAAGAUUGGCGCCAGACCUGCCAGUGCUGAGGAAUAAAGAGGGGCACCCUCUGAGUGGGCUGUCCCCAGCAGGGUCCCAAGAGUGGUAGGAAGGUCGGCAUCUUGUGGCAGCAGCAUCUUCAGUUGGAAAGAUGGGGAGGGGGCAGGUUUCAGAGAACCUUCAUCUGAGCCCCCUGUUCAGGUGUGUUCUGUCCAGACUCAAUCCGGAACCGUUUCUAAAUCGGCUUCAUGCCACACGUACGUCAUGGCCAGCCCUCCCCGAGGCUCUCCCGCACCGUGAGCAUGUUUUCCAGAUGUUUCCCACCUCCGGCUCAGGAAUGUCCCCAUGUCUCCUCUUGCCAGGCUUGUAAUUGGUUCGGUUUUUCUAUUUUAAAAAUAUACUGCUUGUCCGAAAGAAGGGAAACUGUGCAUUUCUUUCGUGCAUGUGACAACUUCUGCAAGAUGUCUAAUCCCCCACCAGUUUGUGGCACUGCAAAAAAAAAUAAAUUGUUAAUGGGCCUGUGUAGCCAGUGAUUCUCUGCCUUGACAAUCAUGUACACAUAUCAGGAUUUCUACCAUACUAAUAACAAGAUUGAUGACUUCUUGUUUUCCUCCAAUAAAGACAAUUAACCACCUUC